AUGAAGAAGCACCAGCCGCACUCGGUGCAGGGCACCUUCAGCCGCCUGUUCGGCAAGCGCCACUCCAGCCCCAGCGCCGCGUCCCUGUUCGCCACCAACCCGCCCUGGAUCUUCACGCAGGAGGUGACCUCGGACAGCGCGGGCGGCACCGGUGAUGUGAUCGAGGUCUAUUACGGGGACAAUCGCUUCGGGACGGUGACAGACUCGGGCACGGCCACGCUGAAACCCCGCCCGAGGGUCCGGCCCCUGCUGACCUUCCUGCCCCUGAACGCCCAGGAAUCCCACGGGGUGGCUGUGCCAACGCCGUCGGUGCCAGAAGACUUUGUGGAGAAGGCAGCCCUUGGCUCUGGCUCCCAGCUCAAUGGCAAUAUUCGCAUGUACAGCUCGGUGGGGGACCUGCGCCCGCAGGCCCUCGAUGGGCACGACCUGGAUGAAGACAUCCCCCCGCCGCCAUCGGUGCCCCCGCCGCCCCCUCCGGCGCCCGUGUCACCGCCCGUGGCCUCGCCGGUGCCUCCACCCCCCGAGAUGCUGCCGCCACCGCCGCCAGUGCCACCCGAGAUGGUGCCGGUGCCACCCGAGGCGGUGCCGCCGCCCCCCGCCAUGGCAGCGCCGCCGCCGCCCGCCUCGGCUCUGUCCUCGCCCAGCACUCCUGCUCCUCCAGACUUCAUCCCUCCUGCCCCGCCGGGCGCCCGCGACCCCUUUGGCUCCGGCAUGUCCAAGUGGAAAUCGGAGACCGUGCUGAACUCGAGGCAGGGGGACGCCGAGGGGCCGCUCUGCGCCGCCGAGCCCGGGGUGCCCGCGGCCCCCAGCCCCAAGGAGAGCCUGCAGCCCAAGGCCGAGCCCCACCUGACCUUCCCCAGGUCGUUCAAGGUGCCGCCGCCGGCCCCGGCGCGCUCCUCGUCCAUCCCGGUGCAGGAGGGCCGGCAGGAGCCCCCCGUGCCCAGGCAGCCCCACGCGCGGCCGCCCCUGCCGCCCUGCUUCACCAUCAGAGCCGCCAGCAAGGCGUGGCCGGGAGAGGCCGAGCAGAGGAGCUCCGGGCUCAGACAGGGCCUGGGGAAGGCGGCUGUGCCCCCUCCACUGAGCCCCAAGCCGGGCACUGGGCUCGGCCAAGGCGUGAAUCCCACCGGCCGCCGGUCCCCUCUGCCAGGCUCCGAGGAGGAGAGGAUUCCCCAGCUGAAAACAGCCGGGAGAGACUCCCCUCCAAAAUCUGAGCCUCUCACUGCCAACGACCUGGACCUGCCUCCUCCGGACUACCCGAGCUGCGAGGAUGACUGGAAGGAUGCCAGCAACCUGAACAAGCUGCGGGACGAGCUCUCGGCGCUGCUGCGCUCCCCACGCCGUGAGGAGAGGCCGCUGGAGAGGCCGCUGGAGAGGCCGGGGGCUCCCCAGCCCAUGGACAGCGGUCCCAGCCGUGCUGGCAGCCGUGAGCCGGGGCCCAGCGAGCCCCAGAUCACCAGGAAGGACACGGGGUUACCCAAGGGAGGGGACAGUGAGAAGAAAGAGGUGCCCAGCAGCCCCCCCAGCACCAGUGGGGGCUCUCCCAGCACUGCAGUCACUGCCCCAGACAGGAACCCUGACACACAGCCCCGCAGUGUGAUGACGAUCAGGAACGAGCUGGAGGCUGUGCUGUCCCUGAAGAAAGAGGGGAAACCUGCCCCAGGGCCCAGCAGCCAGAAGCAGGCCGUGGAGAAUGGCAUCAGCACCCCACAAGUGAGGAAGAGCCCCCCUGACACAAGAGACUCAGUGGUGCCAAAGCCGGUCCCCAGCCCGCUCCCAGCCCCGGUGGCGGCUGUGGAGAAGGAUGAGACAGACCACGAGGACCAUCCUGCUCCUGCUGCUGGCAAGGUCACAGAGGAUGUGAGCCCUGCUCCUGGGUCCCUCAGCAGCAGCGUGAGUCCCCCAGAGCCACCCCAGGGACCGGCAGAGGAGCCCCCAGCUCCCAGCCCGCCCUCGGCCCCUGUGUCCCCUGCUCAGAGCCCGGCACCACAGCCCAGCUCGGCCGUCUUCCAGUACAAAGUGCACCGGGCUGGGGCCAGCUCGGCCGAGCCGCCCCGCGCCCCGGGCUCAGCUGAGCCACCCCAUGCCCUGAGCUCAGCCAAGCCACCCUGUGCAUCGGGCUCUGCUGAGCCGCCCAGCCCCGGGAGCUCGGGCAGGAGCCCCCCGGGCCCCUCGGGAGCGGGGCAGGAGGAGGUCCUGAUCCACCCGGUGACGGGGGAGCGCGUGGAGCGGGGCUCGCCCAUGGCCCUGCUGCUGGCAGCCCGGCAGCGCGCCCAGCGGGGCCGCCAGCCCGGGGACGGAGCAGCUGCGCUCAGGGUGAGGCCGGCCCUGAGACUCGGCAGUGCCUCCUCGGACACCACCUCCUCCACCAGCUUCUUCCGCAACGAGUCCAAGCCCUUCUCCUUCACCGUGGUGCCUCGGCCGACUGCGGCCAGCCCGGCGGGGUCCGGCUGGAGCAAGCCCCCCUCGUUCUCCAGCUCCUCGGAGCAGGGCCGGGCCGUGCGGGCGGUGGGUGAGGCGCAGCCCCCCAGGCCCCAGCGAGCCGCCGCCUCCAGCCUGCUCCGGGGCCUGCUGGACUCAGGGCAGCCCGGCCCGGCCCGGCUCGGAGCUCCCAGCGAGGAGGAGAACGCGGACACGGCGCUGGACUUUGGCAUUAUCCCCCCGCCCCCCGAAUUCAGCAAUGAGGCGGACCAGGCUUCCCUCCAGAGCCGGGAGGAGAGCCGCAAGUGCCCCAGCGUCCCUGACAGCGGCCGGGGCUCGGGAGAGCCGCGCUAUUUCAGGUGGGCUGGCUACAGCCGCAUCUAUGGGGCCAACAACCCAGAGCCAGCAGCUCCGCCACCCUUGGAGAAGAGCUGGAGGAACGGAGACCUCGCACCGCAGUAUCCGGAUCACAGCAGCUCCUCGAGCUUCCCCAGCCACGGCCCCAACCCACGGCCGCUGAUCAAGAAGCGCCUGUACAUGUCAGAGCCCGACAGCUCCUACCCCCGGGCCGCCGCAGCCCCCCGGGCCUCGGGCACCCUGUCCUCCACCCUCUCCUCCUACGGCCCCGGGGGAUUCAGCUCCACGCCUGGGGAGGGGGCUCGGCGCCCGGGCCCCGGCCUCAGGAACGGCCCCUCGAGCGCCCAGGGCAGGCGGGCGUCCAUGGAUGCUGCGGGGAAAGCCGCGGCCUACGGCGGCACCGGGGCUGAGGCCAAGUACAAGGGGCAGAACGGGGACUUCUCGCCCGCCAGCGUGCUGACAGCCAGCAGGCCUGCCCACGGCACCCCACACUACGGGGCACCCUCCAACACUUUCACGGUGCGGCCUGGCACCCGCCAGCCCAUCUCCUACGCCUACCCGAGCCACCGGUAG